AUGGCCCUGCUGCUGCUGGGGCUGCUGGGGCUGCUGGGGCUGCUGGCGCUGCUCCGGGCCUGCACCCGCGGCCCCCGCCCGGCCCCGCGCUGGCCGCCUGGGCCGCGCCCGCUGCCGCUCAUCGGGAACCUGCAUCUGCUGCGGGUGUCCCAGCAGGACCAGUCACUGAUGGAGCUCUCAGAACGGUUUGGGCCGGUGUUCACCGUCCACUUGGGGUGGCAGAAGACGGUGGUGCUGAGCGGCUACGAGGCAGUGAAGGAGGCGCUGGUGGGCACCGGGCAGCAGCUGGCAGGCCGGCCCCCAAUCGCCAUCUUCCAGCUCAUCCAGGGAGGCGGGGGUAUCUUCUUCUCUUCCGGGGCGCGAUGGAAGGCCGCCCGCCAGUUUACUGUGCGCACCCUCCACGGUCUGGGCGUGGGGAGGGGUCCUGUGGCUGACAAGGUCCUGCAGGAACUGAGGUGCCUCAUGGGGCAGUUGGACCACUACGGAGGCCGGCCCUUCCCCCUGGCCCUGCUCGGCUGGGCUCCCUCCAACAUCACCUUCGCGCUCCUCUUUGGCCAGCGGUUCGACUACCGGGACCCUGUGUUCGUGUCCCUGCUGCGUCUCAUCGCUGUUCAACAUCUACCCCCGGCUCGGGGCCCUCCUGCAGCUGCAUCGGCCUGUCCUGCGGAAGAUCGAGGAGCUGCGAGCCGUCCUGAUGACCCUCCUGGAGGCGCGCCGGCCGCUCGCGCCCGGGGGAGGCCCCGUGCACUGCUACGUGGACGCCCUGCUCCAGCAGGGCCAGCAGGGCGGAGACCCGGAUGGCCUGUUUGCCCAGACCAACGUGGUGGCCUGUGUCCUGGACAUGGUCAUGGCUGGCACGGAGACCACCUCGGCCACACUGCAGUGGGCCGCCCUCCUGAUGGGCAAGCACCCGAGCGUGCAGGGUGUGUGCAGGGUGUGUGCAGGCCAUCCCAGCGGGCGGGUGGGCGGCCCCCCAGGCCCGGGGGAUGGAGGCUCCCAGGGACCUGCCCACUCCCUUCCCCCGCAGACCGGGUGCAGGAGGAGCUGGACCGUGUGCUGGGGCCUGGGCGGCCACCCCGGCCGGAGGACCAGCGGUCCCUGCCCUACACCACCGCCGUACUGCACGAGGUGCAGAGGUUCAUCACUCUCCUGCCCCACAUGCCCCGCUGCACGGUGUCCGACACCCGGCUGCACGGCUACCUGCUCCCCAAGGGCACACCCGUGGUCCCCCUGCUGAGCUCUGUGCUCUUGGACAAGACGCAGUGGGAGACCCCCCACCAGUUCAACCCCGGCCAUUUCCUGGAUGCCAGCGGGUGUUUUGUGAAGAGGGCGGCCUUCCUGCCUUUCUCUGCAGCACCCCCAUUCCACUCCAGGAGCUGGGCUGUGGAAAGAGCAGGCCUGGCAGCCCCACCCUGUGCCUCGGUUUCCCUCGAAGGCCGCCGUGUCUGCGUGGGGGAGAGCCUAGCCAGGACGGAGCUGUUCCUGCUGUUUGCUGGCCUUCUCCAGAGGUUCCGUCUGCUGCCCCCGCCGGGCCUCAGCCCCGCUGGCCUGGACACCACUCCCAGGCCAGCCUUCACCAUGCGGCCACCGGCACAGGUGCUGUGUGCAGUGCCCAGGCACCAGGGGCACUGACCAGGGGCCUGGCCUGUGCUGCGUCACUCCCCCGCCUCCCUGCUCCAAGCCUGGCAGAGCUCUGUGACAUCGGAGGCAGACAGCAGCCUGAGGACAGACAGACGGGCAACAGACAGACGGCCCCUCAUCGGGGCGCUCA